AUGAAUUCAAGGUGUUUAAUAGUGCUAGCAGCCGCCCUCGGCGUGGCGGUCGCCCAAGAAUCCUUCAAAUGCCCGGAUGACUUCGGUUUCUACCCUCACCACAUCUCCUGUGAUAAGUACUGGAAGUGUGACAACGGUGUUGCCGAAUUAAAGACCUGUGGUAACGGUCUAGCAUUCGACGCCACCGACAGCAAAUACCUGACUGAGAACUGCGACUACCUACACAAUGUCGAGUGUGGCGACAGAUCACAGCUUGAGCCUCCAAUUUCCACCCCUCACUGCCAACGGCUGUACGGUAUCUUUGCUGAUGAAGCCAAAUGUGACGUCUUCUGGAACUGCUGGAACGGCGAGGCUUCCCGGUACCAAUGCAGCCCCGGACUCGCUUACGACAGAGAAUCUCGCGUGUGCAUGUGGGCUGACCAGGUUCCAGAGUGCAAAGUCGAAGAAGUAGCGAACGGUUUCUCUUGCCCUGCUCCCGGUCAAUUAUCAAACGCUGGAUCCUUCAGCCGUCACGCCCACCCUGAAGACUGCCGAAAAUACUACAUCUGUAUGGAAGGAGUAGCUCGCGAGUACGGUUGUCCCAUCGGUACCGUGUUCAAGAUUGGCGAUUCUGACGGCUCUGGCAACUGCGAAGACCCCGAAGAUGUUCCCGGAUGCGAGGACUACUACGGCGAUCUGGAUCUGAAGACGAUCCGCAAGAGCGAGCUGUUAGCCGGCCUCAACCAAGACGGCGUGAACCGCCCCUUCCAGAACAAGCAACUCAAACCCCGCCCCCAAAAGGAGAACUAA